UUCAUUCCACUUCUACAGUAUUGCACCGUGCACUUGAUGAGUUGGUGAAGGAAUUGAAGCUGGUUGGGUAUGUAGCUGACACAUCUCUAGUCUUUAAUGCAGACAUAGAAGAUGAAGAGAAAGAAAUUAUUCUUAGAUACAAUAGUGAGAAAUUGGCCAUUACUUUUGGGCUUCUGAAUACACCCCCUGUAACAACAAUUCGUGUGGUCAAGAACCUUAAGAGCAAGUUAUUCUCAGAGAUGUUCAGCGAUUUCAUCAUUUCAAAGAUGGGAAAUGUUCCUGUGGGGAUUACUGGUAGAGGAAUUUGUUGA